AUGUUGUCUAUUCACGAGCCAAACAUUGCGGCGCCUCUUCUAGUUGAGUUUGAUGUUUCAAUCAAUUUUAUGGGAAUGGCUAUUGGCUCUCAAGGCGCUAAUAUUACUUCAGCGCGCAGUCUUGAUGGAAUUAAGGACAUUAUUCUUGACGAAUCUACUCGCAAUCAAGGAUUUUGCAAAUUUAAGAUUUAUGCUAAUAACGCUGAAGCUGCUGAGCGUGCUCGAAAUAUGUUGGAAAUCUCACAACAGCAAAAAUUGGUUCCUCAAGGACGUGUUGGGCAAGUUAUUGGGAAGCAAGGAAAGACUAUUCAGGAUAUUGUUGACAAAAGUGGUGUGCUUCGUGUUCAAAUUGGUGAUGAAAAUCCGGAGCAGGGGAUGGUUCCGCUCACAUUUACUGGCACUCGUGAAGCUUUGAUGUAUGCUGAACUUAUGGUUGAUUUUCAACUUAAACAUAUUUCUGAAAUGGAUGCUAUUAGACUCGAGGAAGAGGAAAUUCGUCGUAAGCUUUACAUGUCUCGAAGCUCGCCAUAUAAUGCUCAUUACGGAAACAAUUCGAAUCAGUCUGUUCAACCUUAUCAUCGCAAUCGACCUGACGGUGGAAAUGCUCGUGCUGUUAAUGGUGGUGAUAGUGGCGAUCGUCGUUCGAUGGGCGUAAGUGGAUAUCGUGGAACUGGAGGUGGUGGUACUGGACAGGGAGGAGGACAGCGUUUUCCGAUUAGAGAUGGCGGUGCUGGUCAACGCGGUGCGGGCGUUACUACCGGUCGUUUUCAAUCCAAUCAAAAUUCUGGAAAUACUUUUGGGGCUCGUCCUCAAGGAGGUAAUCGCUAUUUGGGACGUUCUGCUGGCGGUAGGGGAGGAGGCACUGGAACUGGUCGACCUGGACAGGGACAGCGUUUUCCUGCUAGAGAUGCUCAGCGUUCCGUUGAUGCUGAAGAGAAAAGCCCUCCACUUGAACAGAAACAGCUUCCUGCUCAAAACCGUCAGGACAGUGAUGAUAGCAAAAGUGUUGAGGAUAGUUCUUAUAAUGGCGCUCUCAGCAGCACUGAACAUUCUGACAAGACUUCCAAGCAAAAUUCUGAAAAUAUUCCGCAUAAGGGUGGCUAUGGUGGAGGAAGUUCGAGAAGCACUGGUGGAAAUGCUCCAGCGCGUAAUCGUCGAGAAAACGUUUAUUUUUAA